CCAACGGCCCUCCCCGAUUUCCCCGAAACGCUACUACCCCUCCGCCACAGCGUCCACACCCGCGCCGCCGCCGCCCUCACCCUCGCCGCCGCGCAUCCCGCGGUCCCACCGUCGCCGAUUCCACCGCUGCCACGGACAACCCCGCCGCCCCUUUCCUUCCUCGCCGUGGGAGCGCCCCCCCCCUCCAGGUUGGCUAGCAGCUAGCUCCGCCGGCCGCCCUUCCCCGAUGGGGGCAGCGGCGUAGGCGCCGCCAUCAGCCGCCGUACGUAUGUGAGCGGCGCCUGCGCACGCCUCCAGCUGGUCCGCGCGAGUUUUGCUGAACCAGAUGCCGAUGCAGUGACGAUUCGUUGGCCGAGGAUCGCGUUCUUAUAGGCCCGAUUUGCAAAGGAGUGCUUGUAAAUCCAAUCAUACCAUUUCGAUUUUCAUUUGACCAAGGAUAGGCAAGAAUAGGAGGAAAAAGGAGAGUGGCAUAUAAUGACGGGUGGAUCAGGUGUUGUGGUGCUAGACAAUGGGGGUGGUCUUCUGAAGGCUGGAUUUGGUGGGGACAUGAAUCCGACUGCUGUUGUCCCCAACUGUAUGGCCAAGCCCCCUGGUUCCAAGAAAUGGCUAGUUGCUGACCAGCUGCAGGCACAAGAUGUUGAUGUUACUGGCAUGACAUUGAGGCGUCCUAUUGAUCGUGGCUAUCUCAUCAAUCAAGAAGUGCAACGGGAGGUGUGGGAGCGGGUUAUACGCAACCUACUGCAGGUGGAUCCUAACAACUCAUCGUUGCUACUGGUGGAACCACAGUUCAACCCUCCAGCACUGCAGCAUGCAACCGAUGAGCUUGUUUUUGAGGAGCUUGGUUUCAAAUCUCUUUGUGUUGCAGAUGCCCCUUCCCUUGUUCACCUUUAUGAGGCUAGCCGCCAGCCAUCGCUGUUUCGAGCUCAAUGUAGCCUUGUUGUUGACUGUGGCUUCUCUUUCACUCAUGCAUCUCCCGUGCUUCAAAACUUUACACUGAAUUAUGCUGUGCGGCGCAUGGACCUUGGUGGAAAGGCCCUCACAAACUAUCUCAAAGAGCUCAUUUCAUAUCGCUCCCUUAAUGUCAUGGAUGAAACACUCCUCAUUGAUGAUGCAAAGGAAAAACUAUGCUUUGUAUCCCUUGAUGUCCCUGGUGAUCUUCGUCUUGCCAGGUUAUCAUCUAAUGACAACCCUUUUAGAUGCUCCUACAUUCUCCCUGAUGGUAUAACAUACAAGAAAGGGUUUGUGAAGGACUUGGAUGAGGCAUGCAGAUACAGCUCUCUGCCUGCUAAUGGAGAAUCGGUUAGAAAGGAUAGUUCUGACAGCGAUAGGAGCAAGUUUGAGGAUAAGAAAAAGCCUGAACUUAGUCAAAAUGAAUUUGUGUUGACCAAUGAGAGGUUCCUAGUGCCAGAGAUGCUUUUCCAUCCAAUUGAUCUGGGUAUGAAUCAAGCUGGGCUUGCUGAGUGCAUAGUUCGUGCUAUACAAGCUUGCCACCCACAUCUUCAACCUGUGCUUUUUGAGAGAAUUAUCCUGACAGGAGGAAGCACGCUAUUCCCUCGAUUCACCGAAAGAUUGGAAAAGGAACUUCGUCCUCUUGUGCCUGAUGACUACCAAGUAAAGAUAAUUGCUCAGGAGGACCCAAUUCUUGGUGCCUGGAGAGGUGGAUCUCUUUUGGCGCACAGGCCUGAUUUUGAAUCAAUGUGCAUUACAAAAUCAGAGUAUGAAGAGAUGGGUUCAAUGCGGUGCCGUCGUAGAUUCUUUCACUGAAAGUUGUGUGCCAGCAGCUCAGUAGAAGUGCAAUUUGAAUUAGAAGCUAUUACUCCAUGUAUCUGGUCCCCCUUAUUACUGGCAACCAAUUCUUUCAGCCUUCCUACCAGCUAAAUAUGCAGAUAUAGUCCUUACCAGGGAAAACCUUUGUGGUCUAACACCCUCGGAACACAGUUGCUCUGAGAUAAAUGGUGAAUUUUGCUUUUCUGCUCGGUGAAAAGUUUUCUUAAUUUUUUUCCGAGUAAACAGCGUGCAUGGAAAUAUUUUAUUAGUCAUUUACUCUGGCAAUACCUGACCUGUGUACGCCACACAGAGCUUUAGUUUAGAAACAACAGUAUGCAUGAUCGUCUUUUAGAAGCAUAAAUAUUAGUAUGUUAGUUUGUAUAUUCAGUCUCUGGAAUUUUCGAGUCUUC